AUUUAUUUUUUUUGAGAGAAUUUGAGUUCUGUUGUAUCUUGAAGGAUUUCUGAAUCUUUAAAAAGAGUAAGAUCACACCUCAAAACUAUUUGUUUUUCAUUAUGAUAAUCCUUAUCUUUAACAUAGAGUCCGGCCAAGGCUCCCGCCUCAUAUGGAUACAAAGGUUUCGUGGGCAGAGGCUGUAAGUCCGGAUGAGCUUGAUGAAGAAUUCGACACCUUUCCAACUUCUAAACCCCAUGACACAGCUGCAAUUAUACCAAUAUUUGUGGUGGAUAAGGAAGACCUGCCAAGGCCUCCUGCACCAAUGGGCAGGCCACCUGUCCAUCAUUCUACGCCAAUAGGCAAGUCGAAUGAGGAAGACCCGCCGAGCCCUCCCAUGCCAAUUGGCAAGCCGGAUAAGGAAGACCCGCCAAGGCCUUCUGCACCAAUGGGCAAGCCACCUGUCCAUCAUUUUGCGCCAAUAGGCAAGUCGAAUGAGGAAGACCCGCCGAGCCCUCCCGUGCCAAUUGGUAAGCCGGAUAAGGAAGACCCGCCAAGGCCUUCUGCACCAAUGGGCAGGCCACCUGUCCAUCAUUCUGCACCAAUAGGCAAGUCAAAUAAGGAAGACCCGCCAAGCCCUCCCGUGCCAAUUGGCAAGCCGGAUAAGGAAGACUCGCCAAGGCCUCCUACACCAAUGGACAGGCCACCUGUCCAUCAUUCUGUGCCAAUAGGCAAGUCGAAUGAGGAAGACCCGCCAAGUCCUCCCGUGCCAAUUGGCAAGCCGGAUAAGGAAGACCCACCAAGGCCUCUUGCACCAAUGGGCAGGCCACCUGUCCAUCAUUCUGCGCCACUAGGCAAGUUAAAUGAGGAAGACCUGCCGAGCCCUCCCAUGCCAAUUGACAAGCCGGAUAAGGAAGACCCGCCAAGGCCUCUUGCACCAAUGGGCAGGCCACCUGUCCAUCAUUCUGCGCCAAUAGGCAAGUCGAAUGAGGAAGACCCGCCGAGCCCUCUCUUGCCAAUUGGCAAGCCGGAUAAGGAAGACUCGCCAAGGCCUCCUGCACCAAUGGACAGGCCACCUGUCCAUCAUUCUGCGCCAAUAGGCAAGUCGAAUGAGGAAGAUCCGCCGAGCCCUCCCGUGCCAAUUGGCAAGCCGAAUAAGAAAGACUCGCCAAGGCUUCCUGCACCAAUGGGCAGGCCACCUGUCCAUCAUUCUGCACGAAUAGGCAAGUUGAAUGAGGAAGACCCGCCAAGCCCUCCCGUGCCAAUUGGCAAGCCGGAUAAGGAAGACUCACCAAGGCCUCCUACACCAAUGUGCAGGCCUCCUGCACCAAUGGGCAGGCCAGCUGUCCAUCAUUCUGCGCCAAUAGGCAAGCCACUUGUCCAUCAUUCUGCGCCACUAUGCAAGUCAAAUGAGGAAGACCCGCCAAGCCCUCUCGUGCCAAUUGGCAAGCCAGAUAAGGAAGACCUGCCAAGGCCUUCUGCACCAAUGGGCAGGCCACCUGUCCAUUAUUCUGCGCCAAUAGGCAAGUCGAAUGAGGAAUACCCGCCGAGCCUUCCCGUGCCAAUUGGCAAGCCGAACAAGAAAGAGUCGCCAAGGCCUCCUGCACCAAUGGGCAAGCCACCUGUCCAUCAUUCUGCGCCAAUAGGCAAGUCGAAUGAGGAAGACCCGCCGAGCCCUCCCGUGCCAAUUGGCAAGCCGGAUAAGGAAGACCCGCCAAGGCCUCCUGCACCAAUGGGCAAGCCACCUGUCCAUUAUUCUGCGCUAAUAGGCAAGUCGAAUGUGGAAGACCCGUCGAGCCCUCCCGUGCCAAUUGGCAAGCCGGAUAAAGAAGACCCGCCAAGGCCUUCUGCACCAAUGGGCAGGCCACCUGUCCAUCAUUCUGCGCCAAUAGGCAAGUCAAAUGAGGAAAACCCGCCAAGCCCUCCCGUGCAAAUUGGCAAGCCAGAUAAGGAAGACCUGCCAAGGCCUCCUGCACCAAUGGACAAGCCACCUGUCUAUCAUUUUGCGCCAAUAGGCAAGUCGAAUGAGGAAGACCCGCUGAGCCCUCCUGUACCAAUUGGCAAGUCGGACAAGGAAGACCCGCCGAGGCCUCCAGCACCGAUUGAUAGGCCACCCGUCCAUGAUUCUGCACCAAUUGGCAAGUCAAAUGAGGAAGACCCGUUGAGCCCUCCUGCAACAACUGACAAGCCACCCCGUCCAUGAAUAAGGUCUUUUUUUUCUUUUCUUUUUUUCAUCAUUCAUGACUAGGGUCUAGUGCACCAGUUUGAAGGAAUAAGUAAAGUUUGUGCGGCAAGAUAAAAAAAUAUAAAUGUAUUUCGAAA